GCUCGCUGUGACGACACUUCCGGUCUACAUUUAGUAAACACUGCUGCUCAGAUUCUAAACUGUCGUGUUUUUGUGAUUCAAACGUGUCAUUUCCUGGUUGUUUUUCGGUCUCUCUGUGUCGUUCUUGUUUCCCUCCAGAGCCGUUCAUGUUUCUUGUUUUGUGGCUCUUAAAUGUCGUUCUGAUUCUGAUUCUUUAAUGGGCUAGCAGAUGUGUUAGCUAAAAACAAACACUUGUCUCUUCGCGUUAGCUAAAGGCUAAAGGCUAAAGGCUAGUUCUACUUUGACGCUGUUUCUCAGUUCGUCUGAGACUCUGAUGGUGGUGGAACUUCAAUGGGGAACUGUCUUUUUUCUCAAGGAGCAGACGACGUUUCUCUGCUGAACGAAUCUGAGGGAGGAAGUCUGCCCGGAGAGCCUCCUCCACCAGACCAGGAGCGUCCACAGCCGGUGUAUCAUCCCAGACCAGGUGAGAGACGCCUGGCGAGUCAGCUGACUGAAGAAGAGCAGAUCCGCAUCGCCCAGCGCAUCGGCCUCAUCCAACACCUGCCCAAAGGCCUCUUUGACCCCGGAUCUGACCCGUCUGAUAAGAAAGUCAAAGAGUGUGUCAUCUGUAUGAUGGAUUUUGAAUAUGGCGACCCCGUCCGAUUCUUGCCCUGCCUACACAUUUACCACGUGGAUUGCAUUGACCCGUGGCUGAUGCGCUCCUUCACCUGCCCCUCCUGCAUGGAGCCAGUGGACGCUGCUCUGUUGUCGUCUUAUGAGGCCAACUAACGGCUCACGUCUGACCGCGUCUUAUCACGAAGCACCUUAGCUGUUCUACCCGGUGUAGCCCAGGUAAAGAACACGUAUCAGCACAGCAUUUAAAGACGAAGUGAAACCUUUUUGCCUUUUCUCAUUGGGCAGUGUGCCAUAUGAUGCAUAACGAUGACUAUUAGAUUUUUUAGGUAGAAAAUUAGUAAUGCAAUGUAAUCAAAGUAUUUUUUAUGAUGUUCCGUGUGUUCUGGUUUAGUGAAGCGUGUCCUUUUCAUAGUUUGACACAUUGUGCAAUAGCAAAGUAUAAAAGAGUAGCUGGAGAUGACUGGAAAACCUUAUGACCAGGGCGAGCCUGAAGUGACUGAAGUAGAGCUGCCUUGUAUCAGUCAUGAUUUUUGUUUUUUUUUUCUAAAUAAAUAUGACUCUUAUUAUUAUUAAUUAUAAACCUAGAAACAACAGACUCGACUGAACGGUGAAGCGCCUCAGCUGAAGUGCACCUCUGUAUUUGAGUCGACCUAACGACGCUUUGGGUCUGUGUAAUCUGUUAAUAAUAUUGUAGUAAUAAUAAAAUGUGGUGUUGUAUUCUGGCGUUCCAGUCAGCGGCGCACUGUCCGACGGCCCUUAAACAGCUGAUGUCGAUGUGAUGAUGUUUACCACACUGAGCAGUCACUUUUAAAACACAUACAGUAACAUUCUGCACUAGUCAUGUGGUAUGAUCAUUGAAUGUAAAUAAAUAUUUUGAAUAUUUUGC